GGCGUUGGUGACGCUGCAUCUGAUAUACGCUGGCAUUCUCUUUCUGUUUGAUGGAGGUUUGAUAGAAAAGACAAAACAAGAGCCAUGGUACACUUCUUUAUAUUUGUUUCUGUUUUUUGCUACACUGGUUCAAUACUUCAUUACCUCCAGUUCUUCUCCUGGCUAUGUAAUUGAUGCAAUGAGAACUAUGAAUGAGGCAAAUUCAAGAAUGCAAAAGGCAUCAAUGGCCUCAAAACAACCUGCUUCAAGCAACAAUGGAAGCUUGGUUAUUACUGUGGAUGGAAGUCAGUCGGCAAGAAAUCUUCUAGCAAGUAACUCCAUGUCAUGGUCGAAGCUGGUUAUGGACAUGUAUCCCCCUGGAACAUCUGCUAGAACUUGGACUUGCUCCUACUGUAAUGUUGAGCAGCCUCCUCGAGCUAAGCAUUGUCAUGACUGUGACAAAUGCGUUCUCCAAUUUGAUCAUCAUUGUGUUUGGCUGGGGACAUGCAUUGGCCAGGGUAAUCAUUGUCGAUUUUGGUGGUACAUUUGUGAGGAGACAGCCUUAUGCCUUUGGACUGGCAUUUUGUACAUUUCUUACCUGAAGGCUAAUAUAUCAAGGGCUUGGUAUGUUUCUUUUUGUGCUUCUUGUUUAAUGAGAAAGUUUCAGUUUCUUAUGUCAUGGUUGGUAUCGAAUUGUUGAUGGAAUUAAUGUCUU